CAUCGUGACAAUGCUUAUGUACUGUUAGGUGUUCAUUUUGCAUAACCAAAGAAAUUCAAUGAAGGUUCGCUUUCAAUGCAUGAUAGCCGUUGUCAAAGUUAGGUUUUUUCUUAAAGUAACUAUGCCGUGAACUACAGUAGUUGCGCAAGAAUAGAGAACGAUAAAGCUGCACUAUUCAAGAAUAACUAUUUGGAACAUUCGACAUAUGUCAUCCGAACUGCACACUGUUAAAAAGUUCCUGAAAAGGAAACAUGAUGCUAGCCUUCGAAGAGGCUUCCUGCGAGCGCGAACGAAUUCGCCUUUCGAAUUCUUUACUUUUGCACUCUUCGGCUCCCUUUGUUCGCCGAUUUUUUCCGUCCUCGCCGAGAGCCUGUUCGCAGGCUACAAAAUGCUGGUGAAACGCCUGGCGUCUCCGGCGACCGUGAUAAACGGUUUUGCGAGCAAUUGAGAACACAGCAUUUCGUCUCAUUGUAGGACACUUUUUAAUGCCUGUUUGCUUUUUCAUCUGCCGCCUAGAUUAAAAUGCCUUCAAAGUGUCCACGAUGUGAAAAAACAGUGUACAUGGCCAUUGAAGAAGUCAUUGGCGCGGGAGCUAAGUGGCACAAAUCGUGCUGCAACUGUAAGGAUUGCAACAAGAGAUUAGACAGCACAACCUGGUCCGGCCACGAAGGCGAAAUCUACUGCAAAGGAUGUCAUGGCAAGAAUUUUGGUCCUAAAGGUUACGGAUUUGGCGCCGGAGCAGGGGCCCUGACACACACACAGUGAUAGCGUCUCAAAUGUAACACUUCAGUUCGGUUCAUGAUGGAAUGAUCAAAACUUGUAGCCUAAGUUGUCUAUUUUUAUUCGCUACAAGACAUUUCGUUUUGUUAACUGUUCUAGUGAUAAAGAAAAGCUUUGUCGAUAAUCCGCAGAGUGGUUUUUCUUGAUACCGAGUGGAAUUUUCUUUGUAAAGAUCUUUGUUUUUGUAGCUUUGAAUAAAGGUGUUCAGUUGUCCAGCUGGCGCCCACUUUGUGUACUUUCGAUCCCACGAUGGAACGAGGAUAGAAAAUAUUAACCCUUGAAUACCAGAUGAGCUACAGGUCAAUAUUACAAGCAACUCAUCAAACGAUCAUAUUACUGCCUUAAUAUCAACCAAUGAGGUCGGUCAAAUAGAGCUUUUUCGCGUGGACGGUUGAUUUGUUGCCCCAUUUCAGACCCUGUGAUGAAACUCUUGAGAAUUUAAAUUGCCAAAUAGUCGAGUGUAUAUGAAUGAAUAAUUUUUAGAUGGGCAAAAGAACAGUUCUCUGGAGAAUUUAAUAUCACGCGGUCUGUAAUGGGAAAACAAACCGCCCAAGCUAAACAGGUCUAGCCUGCGUAACCACUCAUCAGCUUUGUCAACUAUGCUAAUUCCUUUCUCAAAUUACGAUUGUUCGCGGAACAACGACAACUCUUGUUUUGGUCGUAUGCUAAUCGUGUUCUUAAAAUUUCAGCGACUCAAGUAAGGGUUUAUUUCUUUUCAAAGGAUUGGUGGUACCGAGUGGUACAAGGAAUUGGUUUCUUUAGGGUCAAAGAAAUGGUAAUACAUGCAAGAAAUGCAAGGCUCCGUCAUUAAAUGCAGUCUCAAAGUGUCUCUUGAAAUCAUUGACGUCAGUUCACUUUGACCCUGGUUUUCUUUCCUCUUUCGGCUACCGUAAAUAUACAGCCGACCCGGCGGUCCAAACAGAGUGCCGUUUUCCGCGCUGGUUAAAGCGAGCGGCUCCGCCAUUCACAGAUUAAAGGAUUGCCUUAGUCCCCGUCGACACUACUACGCCGGAGAAAUAUGAAAACGCAAAUAUCACCGGCCAUUAUGGAUCCGGCUGUGUUUGAGAAAAACUCGGAGAGGGAAAUCAUAUGAUUACGUAACACCAUCGUGUUCGAAAAGCUCCAUUUUCAAAUCGUUUUCCGUCUACUAAAACAGCCGGCGUUUUCAAAUUCCUCCUGUUUGAGGAGCGUUUUCGUAAAGGUACCGUUCUCGGUCUGGAUUAGUGUGGACGGAAGGCCUAACCGUAGAAAUAAAGCUGCGUUUUCAGACCCCUUUUCAAAUUCCUCCCGAGUAGUGUUGACGGUAAACUCCGAUUUGAUACCACAGAAUAGAGCCCAAAGUUUGUUGGUCUCUUGAGCAUCAGCCUCGCUGAAUUCUUUUUCUAUUUUUGGCCCACGUAAAGCGGUAUUUUCGUUUUGCCAUAUUUGCACAGAUCACACUCUGAUCACGCAAAACAACCCUCUCGGACCCUGGCUCCUACGUACGUGUCAAAGAGUCAUGACAGGCAGGCUGGCAAGUGCCGCUCACUCUCUUUUCUGAGGCGGAUGUGAUGCCUGCAAGAAAGAAAACUGAAAUUAAAUAAUUUUUAAAAAACAACUCACGCGGAAAGUGCAGGCUCUAACGAAUUUUCUCAAGGCCAAGCUGACCAAGCUAAGCGUUAGUCUGGCAAAAUUGAAGUAACCCGCCCGACCUCUUCUUAGACACGUGAUGUGUUACGUAACUGACGCCAGAAGAUUUAUAAAAGUGUGGUGGGACACAGAUGGAAGGAAGAUUGGCGGUAAUGCUGGUAAUAAAAGAAAAUGUAUCAUUGAAUACGUGAAUUCUGUGUCAAAAAAGUUAUUUUUGGUUGGAAGCCAAGCGGCCGCUUUUCAAAAGAAUAAAUCGACAUCCGGCUGCUUCGGUAUGUGUCCUCGCGUACCGGCCCCGUGGUAUCGGCCGGCGCGGUGUAGAAGAGCCGAUACUAAAGACCUAACAAUAUAGAACAGCUAAACAAAGGCUCGUGAAGAAAGGCAGUACAAUGAUUAUUCCCUUAGUGUAACGAUACACCGGGGCACAACCCUGCUUCAACUCCGCUUCCAUAUUUCUUAGUAUUUUUCCAAGAGGAAGAGAUUGCGUUACAUUAUGCAAAUAACCUGUGCACGUGACAGUGGUUCCACACAUCGCGCGAUUUCCUUUUAUGUAGUUUCCCAUAGAAACAGGAAAAACCAGUUUUGUGACGAAACAACACGUGAUCUACACCGGGAUAUAAAUACGAACUGUCCGCUUGACUGCUAACACUUUCAUGGCGGAAAGUGGAGUGGUGAUUUCUCCAAACGGGAUAGAAAUAAGAAAUUGGCUUGAGCGGAUAAUCUUUGUGUGGCAAGUUAAAAACCAAGGUAAGGUCAAAUGAAAGGUGUUCUUGUUUUCCUAUGAAGUUUUUGGGCAGAAUUGGUAAGAUUUACGUUCACAACCUGAAAGCGCGCGUUUACCGGCCUUCGACCUUGCCGGCUCGGCUCGGCUCGGCUCGCUGCUGGUAUUUUUUUAAAAGCCUUAUAAUUUCAGAUUUGAAGUUCCUCUGCCCAGCUUUGGUGAUGCUGUACUGCAUUUCCUCUUGUUCAUCUUUGACUGUCAAUGCGCGUUGAAAAAAAUCUUUAGCGAAAGCAAUACACUAUGAUAUUUCUUAUUCGAAACAUUUCGAUUCAUAUUCCCGUUUUAGGCGGAAAGUAGAAAUUUUGCUGCGGACCGACAGUGAAGAUGGUUUUCCUUUUCAUUAGUAGAUUUCAGCCGCGCUUGUUAUUUAUUAUCUUUAUCUAAUGUUCUGUUUUCUGAACAUUAGGAGAUGAGCAAUUUUUUUCAGCGCGCAAAUAGCUCGUGAACCGCAACAUGGCAACAUCUACCGGCAACCCUAGGGCGGUUAAAUCGGGUGGAAAAAAUUACAGGGCGGGGGGGAAACAACAAAGUGAUAAAGACUUUGCAUGCCAAACAAUUGAAGAGAGUGGAUGUUAAGUUUUUAACUAGGAAGUAUUAAAAUAGCUUAUAAAUAUUUUCUGUAUCUGAACUUGCAUUGAUCAAAACAAUAUUAAAUCUGGAGUAAGAACUUGUGACCUUCAUGCACUUGUCAGUAGUAUUGACGUGGAAAAUAUGUUAUGCUUUUGGAUAUUGUUCUCCAGAUUUUGUUGUUAUGGUUUUUUCUUUUAAAGCACAA